AUGGAAGUCUCAACCACCACCACGACCGAUUCCCCCGCCCUGACCUCCGCCCUCCCCGCCGACCUUGCGCAGUACCUGUCCCGCCUCGACGACUUCAUCGCCGGCACCAUCCAGCCGCUCCAAGCGCGCGACGACAACAACCGCUUCUUCGACCACCGCCGCGAGCACGCCCGCACCGACUGGGACGGCCACGGCCUGCCGCGCGCGGAAUGGGAGGCGCUGCUGGCCCAGGCCACGCGGCUGGCCGACGACGCCGGCUUCUGGCGCUUCGCCCUGCCCGCCCAGUACGGCGGCCACGAUGGCAGCAACCUGUGGAUGGCCGUCAUCCGCGAGCAUCUGGCCGCCAAGGGGCUCGGCCUGUUUAACGACCUGCAGAACGAGCACAGCGUCGUCGGCAAUUUUCCGGACGUCGUCAUGGUGCAUCGCUUCGGUAAUGAUAGCCAGAAGGAAGAGCUGAUCAACGGCCGCCUGGAUGGCAAAGUCAGCAUUACGUUCGGCUUGACCGAGCCCGGCCAUGGCAGCGAUGCUACGUGGAUGGAGACGCGCGCUGUGAGGGAGCGGAGGAGCGGGAAGGAGGGGUGGAGGAUCGAUGGCAGGAAGAUGUGGCAGACGGGCAUGCAUCGCGCUACUCAUUGCUUUGUGUUUGCCCGCACGAGUGGAAAAGAUGGGAGCGCGAAGGGGAUUACGUGCUUCGUGAUACCGCGAGAAACCCCGGGGAUCAAGGUUGAGAGCUACGAAUGGACGCUGAACAUGCCCACCGACCACGCCACCGUCUCUUUCGACAACGUCUGGGUCCCCCAGUCCGCCGUGCUCGGCCCGGACGAUGACGGCCUGUCCAUCGCCCAAGCCUUCGUGCACGAGAACCGCAUCCGCCAGGCCGCCUCCUCGCUGGGCGCCGCCACCUACUGCAUCAACCAAUCCGUCAUCCACGCCAACUCCCGCAAGCCCUUCGGCAAAGCCCUGUCAGCCAACCAAGCCGUGCAGUUCCCGCUCGUCGAGCUGGCCACGCAGGCCGAGAUGCUCCGCCUGCUCAUCCGCGCCACGGCCGCCGAGAUGGACCAGAUGCCGCCGGGCACCGACGACGUCGAGACCAAGCUCAGCCACAAGGUCGCCAUGUGUAACUACUUUGCCAACCGCCUGUGCACCGACGCCGCCGACCGCGCCAUCCAGGUCCACGGCGGCAUGGGCUACAGCCGCCACCUGCCCUUUGAGCACAUCUGGCGCCACCACCGCCGCUACCGCAUCACCGAGGGCAGCGAGGAGAUCCAGAUGCGCAAGGUCGCUAUGCACCUCUUCGGUCUCGGUAGUAGCGGGAAGAAGGAGGUGAAACUGUGA